AUGACUGACUCCCUUGAUGGUGUGAUGAAGUCUGAGAAAUCGGAAGAGGAAGUGGAAGCAGAAGACCUGUCCCUCUACCCGAUCUCAGACAAAGAGUACCGGUUCCAAUCCUUUGCAUCAUGCGAGUACAACGGACAGAUCUACAUGACGCCUCAAGACUUCCUGGAGUCUGUCACAGAGGGCAAUCCAAGACCUCGCAUUGGUCGCUUCAAGCUGACGGAAGCUCAGGUUCAGAACAUGUUGAAGAAUACACCAAGCAGGAAGAAGUCGACCAAGAAUCUCUUCCGCUCAAUCAUGGACAAAGGGAUUGUGUCCUAUACAGAAUACCUGUUUCUUCUCUGUAUCCUAACAAAGCCAAGAGCUGGGUAUGAGAUUGCAUUCAAGAUGUUUGACAGGGAUGGAAACCAACGCAUUGAUCGCAAAGAAUUUCUUCUGAUGGAGGAGAUUUUUCGUAAGAAGUCUCAGUCCAGCGGGGAGUCGGAUUCCCUGUCAAUAUUCCAGAAUGAUCCUGCAAGCAGUGAUUUGAAACCGGGUGAAGUGCCACUGACCGAUUACAUGAAUUCGCCUGUGUGGGACCAACUGAAGAUUAACGAGACGACUCUUCUGAGGUAUUUCUUUGGGCCAAGGGGAACAGACACGCUGGACUACAAGACAUUUGCAAUGUUUAUGGACAAUCUCCAGACUGAGGUGCUUGAGCUGGAAUUCUAUGAGUUCUCUAGAGGGAUGCCCAGUAUUGGCGAGGCAGAGUUUGCUAACAUCCUCCUACGCUACACACAUCUAGAGGAUGCAGAAAUGGAAGAAUAUGUUCAGAGGGUCCGAGAGCGCAUGCCAGAAGAAAAGGGUAUCUCUUUUGAAAGCUUCACAGAAUUCUUUCAGUUUAUCAAUCAUCUUGAUGAUUUUGAGAUUGUCCUGAGGAUGUACACAUUCGCAGACCAACCCAUCACACAAGCUGAGUUCUGCAGAGCUGUGAACGUCACCACUGGUCAGAAUCUUGAUGGGCACAUAGUACAUACAGUUUUUCAGAUAUUUGAUAAAGACGGCGAUGGGAAACUUAGCCAGAAGGAGUUCCUCGGAGUGAUGAAAAAUAGAAUACAUAGAGGAUUUAGAGAACACCUGAAGAAGCCGGCUGGCUGGGAAGGGUUCAAGGCUUGUGUGAGGAAAGAACUCAAACACAACAGCUAAGAGUCAACACUGGCUUCAAGAUGCAACCCUUUAGAUCUUCAGCUUUAGAAUUUCUUUUAAUAAAUCAUUCAUAUAUUUGUGAUCUCGUAGUUUCACUACAGUCGUAUAAACGUGGGAGAUUGAACAGUGACAGCUAAGAGCCAUCAAAAAGUACAACAUGCAAGUAUUUAUACCAUUUAGAUUACUAAAAGGGAUGAUAAAUACUUUGCAAAUGAGAAAAAAUUCACUUUCUGUACAUGUACAUCUCCAAAUUAAAGGUCAACAAAGGACAAAAUUUUCCCCAUUUUAGGAUUCCGUAAUGUAGACUUGAUAGGCUUGUCCUAUGCAUGUAGCUAAAUUGACUGUUGAGUAUUUAAGUCUGUAAUAACCAUUGGUUUUGGAUAGGGACUUUCCAAGUUUUAGUAGCUAGGCAAUGAACGGGUUAAUAAGUGCAGUCAUUGUGGAUAGACAUACAUAAUAUCAUUGUCAAAUAAAUAAAUACUUUUACUGCAAAUUUCAAAAUGACACAGGAGGCGCGAUAGCUCAGUCGGUAGAGCGGGGGACUCGUAUUCCGGUGACCCGGGUUCGAUUCCCACUUGGUGCGCUAGUGCCCUUUGGUAAGGCAUUAAUCCUCAGUACCAGGUCCUUCGGAGAAGACCUUAAGCCGUCGGUCCUCUGGUUGCUUGCUUACAAGCAUUCAUGCUUUCUUAGCAAUCAGGUAAAAAAUCACCACCAAUCACCAAUCAUUGAAGAAAGCUUAAAGUUACAUUCACCUAGAUCAAAAUAGCAUGAAAACAAAGAAGGUUGAGCAAAAUCAAAGACAAUUCAAAAUGUUCCUAUACUUAUUUACUAAUUUCUGUAUAUGAUGGGGGACCUAUUAAAGCUACACACUUUGUUUACAAACGAUAAAAUCUAUGCCAAUUUUAAUAUUUCAACAAAUUAUCUUUCACUCAUUUGUGUAAAAUGUUUUGAAGAACCUUAACUAAUAUAAAUUUCACUAAUAUGAAAAUCCAGCCAUGUUUUCCGAACAGCUCUUAAUUUUGCUGCCCGAUGUAGAAGGGGUCCUAAAGCUACACACUUGAUUUAUCAUGCAAAGAAAUAUUUCUUGUGCCUCAAUUUCUAAAAUAUGUUCAUAUUAUUAUAGGAAAAUAUGAAAUUAAAGUGAAUAUAACUCCAAAAUUCCAAAGAGUUCUGGUUUUCUCUGCAUUUAGUGAUUUAUUGCAGCCUCUGUAGAAAAAUCGAAUAGGAAUCAUUCGUCACUAUGCAGUCACAGUUCUACAUACAGAGUGCACAUUUUGCCAUUGAAAUUGCAUGGGCAAUGAGUAGGACAUAGCUUUUGGACCCGCGUAGCUUUAGGAUCCCUUACCAUACAAAAUGAAAUUGAUCUGUAAGGCGUGAAUGAGUAUACAAAUAAUGAAUGUUUAUGAGUGCAAUGGACAGAAUACUUCAUGAGGUGAAAGAUUAAAAGAUCAUUCGUUCAUCUUUCUCCGAUUGAAGUAUUCUGUCCAUUGUACGAAUGAAAAAAACAUUAUUUGUUUUAUAUGACACGUAAAAUAAAUCCUAGUCAUUUGACAUAAAAUUUGAAUGGAAAAAUAAAGUGCAUUCUUUGUGAGCACGGUCUGUUGAUUGUCGUAUAAAUACAACACGCACACUGCUAACAAAAUUGGAUGACGGAUGACAUCAAUGCAAAAAGGGAUAAAUGAUCGAUAUCAAACAACCAAUCAAAUUACAAGGAUCUAUCUAGAUGUCAUGUAAUGUUGCAUAUUAAAGGUCGAAUUCUCACUUUUCAAAAUUCUAAAAAUCGCUUAACUUCAAUAUGUUCACAUAAAAUGAAAGAUGAAUUGAGAUGAGCAACUCUUACCUACUAGCAUAAAAUUGAAAUAAAUGCAAAAACCAUUUGGCGAUUUCAAAAAUGAUGAUUCUGAUAUACACCAAUAUUGAAUUGUUGAUUUGUAGACAUACAUUAUAAGAUCGAAUUAGAAUCUUAUGUGAAGUAUAAACCAUAUCUUGUGAUAUUAUUAGUUUAUUAUUUAUUUGGAUAUACUAUUUUCUUCAUGGAGAUGGAAUAUUGAUUAUAUGUUUUUGUUUCUUUGGGUUUUUUAUCACUUAAGUUUAACUAAAGUCAGGGGCCAGGUAACAACAUUUGAACAUUCAAUUUGCAUACCUGAUAGCACAUGAUUAAUCAAUUUAUAUUUGAAAACCAGCUUCAUGAUCAAGCAUUCAGUUUUGUGUGAUGAGGCCCAUAAUGAUUUAUAUACCAAUUUCCUUUAAUUAACCUAUGAAAUAUAGUGUAGUUGUUUAUUCAUGGGUUGACUUUACAGCAGGAAUUGCAUCUACCAAUAUACUUGAUUUAGCUUCCAUUAUCGAUACUUCUCAAUAUUAUCACCCAGUGGAUGGACCGAAUGUCAAAACCUGGCAAAAUCAUUUUGAGUUUAAUGUUGUAGUAAGUCCACGAGUAGUAAUCUCAAACAGAGCUAGUAUUUCAAUUUUUUUUCAACCUUUAAUUUUCAGCAUUUCCCACAAGGGCCAAUGUGGUUUCUUGUUAAGUGUGUCCUUUUUUCAUACAGUAUACAUAUAAGGUGAGUGUACAUGUAUUUUCAAUGAUAUAUUUGCGGUCAACUCUACAUUACUAUAUUGCAUUUAAAAGGGGUCAACUGGAAGAGGGGUGCCAAAAUCCUGAUGAAUGUAUAUAGUGCCUUUUAAUUUCAAUUGAAAGGGGUGGUCUGGGCUGAAAAUUUAUCUAAAUGAAGAAGGUAAAAUUAACAGAGCAAAAUGCUGAAAAUUUCAUCAAAGUCAGAUAACAAAUACCGAAGUUAUUAAAUUUUAAAGUUUAUCAAUAUUUUGUGAAAACAGUUAUAUGCACAUCGUCAUGAAUAUUCAUUAGGUGGACUGAUGAUGUCACAUCCCCACUUCCCCUUUUCUAAUAUUACAUGAAAUCAUAAAUGUUUCACUUUUUCAUACAUGUGUAAAUGAUGUGUUUCCAUUAUGAUGAAAUAAGUUGCGGCAAUAAAUAACUUAUGUACUCAAUCAGUUGUCAAUCCAAUACAGUCUUAACCGUAUAGUUGGUCCAAAAAGUUAAGCACCAGUUCAGCUUGGUCUUGGCUGCUGGUGGUGUUAUGUAAACACCGAGUGCAACACCACACCAGACAUAGCAGCAGUUUUAGUAUUCCAGUCCUCAGAAAGUCUAUUAAGAUUGUUGUCUGCUGAACACAUAAUCAUAGUUGAUGUUGGAAAAUUAUUAUAAAGGAAUGGACAAAUUUUUGAUCGCAAGUUGGGUGUAUUCGCACCAGCUAUGAAAUAGAUAUUUUACAAUUAAUAGACGACUCUAACUGUAAAAUUUAUUUGUAAAUGAGGUAGACUGAAGUUCACAUGAAGUUAAUUGCAUGUUAUGUAAUUCUUUGUGUAAAUACAUGUAGACUAUUUAUCAUGCAUUGUAACAAAAAUUUCUGCUUUGAAGAUUAAAGAAAUAUUUAUUUCAUUGUUAUCUAA